AAAAAAAGUUGUGUGAUUUCUCGCAGCCUCAACGCAGAUGAGCAGCAGUUGGAGAACUGCAAUCAAACUGAAUGGAUUGGCAUGGGGAGAAGCGGCACUCUCAACCUGGCUAAGCGGCAGCUUUGGAACUGGUUUUAUCUUGUAGUGGUUUCUAUGUGCCUGUUACUCCGACCAGUGUGCUGCCAAGCAUGUCGGAUUCAGCGCUGUAAUGCGGAGUACGUGGCCUCAUUCUCACCCUCCGGUGGCUUGCAAGAGGAGGUGCAUCCAGAUGUGGACUACUGCAUCGCUCUGAGGGCCUACUCCUUGUGUACGCGGCGUACAGCUCGUGCUUGUAGAGGGGACUUGGUGUACCAUUCUGCUGUUUUCCGCAUUAAAGAGCUCUUUGCACAGCACAACUGCUCCAGCGACGGCCCAACAUCGUCGGCCAAAGCACCCAGCACUUCCAAGCCAACAGUGGUGGACGUUUGCAACUAUGAAAGCAGGGUGCUCGCAUCAGGCCCGGCGGCCCAACAGAAAAAGUAUGGACAUUGUGGAUUAUUCGGUGAUCCUCACUUGCGGACUUUUCGGGAUGAGUUUCAGACAUGUAGGGUUGAGGGAGCCUGGCCGCUCAUCCACAACAGAUACCUUUCAGUUCAAGUCACAAACGUACCAGUGGUUGAAGGCUCCAGUGCUACUGCAACCAACAAGAUAACCGUCAUCUUCAAGUCCUACCAUGACUGCACCGAGCAGAAGGUGUACCAGGCCACCACAGAGGACCUGCCGUCAGCGUUCCAGGACGGCACGCGGAGCGGGGGGAAAGGGGAGAGCUUGUGGAUUGUGGAGGGUAGUGGAGGUUUGGGCAUACGGCAAGUCGGGCGGUACCUGACGUUUGCCAUCCGCAUGCCUGAGGACUUAGCAGAGGAGAACGGCGGCCUGCAGUUGUGCCUUCACGGCUGCCCGCGCAGUGAGGUCAUCAAAGCCCAUGUGCUCAACCGGCAGCAGAGUUUGCGUCCACCCCGACUCAUGGGGGGCUGGUACGGAGAGGACGAUGGCGGAGAGGUGAAAUCAGGCCUCUCUUCGCACAUAGACAUGCUAGAACGUGCCACCACAAAGUGUCGAGAGAUGCUCCAGGUGGAGGACGUUUAUUUCCAAUCGUGCGUCUUUGAUCUUCUCACGACAGGUGAUCCGGAGUUCUCCAUGGCAGCGUAUGGCGCCCUGGAAGACCUUAAGGCACUUCCACCAAGCACUCUUAAACAAAGUUCACCCAGGACUCCACCUGUUUCUAAUAGGGGAACAAUAGUUACACCUUCGGUUUUCACAGCUCUGGUUCUUCUGCUGUUGUUGAACUGAAGGAGAUGGUCUAGACACCAGCUUGACGAUGGCAACAGGAAAAACAAUCAAACUGGCUUUGAACUGUCAAGGGAUGGAUCCGAACGGACUCGCUUUCUGUUAAACACGCAAUGUUUUACGCCACAAAAUGGAUAAUGGCACUUCAAGCUUUUCUGAAUGUGAAAUCUGCAUGAGAUGAAGGCAGCUAACCUGCAUAUCUUUUUAAAUGAUCGCAUAUAAAGAGUGGAGACUGUUGACGCAGAUGUGACACCAUUGGAUGAAAUCAUUGUAAAAGACACGUAGCAUGUCCUGUGAUGCACAUCUUACAGAAUCACCCACAUACAAAUAUAUAUGUCAUCUACAUGGGAUCCAACAACUACAUAAAAAGCUACCUAUGCAUAUAUUUUUGGUUCUGGUUCCAUACAUCUAAAGCUACAGUCACGGUAGAAAACAACCUCUUCAAGCUGCUUAUCGACAGAAAACAAAACAAAUUCUUUAUAUAAUAAUAUAUUGAGAGAGUGUAUAUAUGUGUUUUAUAUGUGUACAUUCACCUGUGUAUAGAUGAUGAUGUUUUAAAUGUGACAUUUUGAAGCCGUUUCAUCUAGUUAGAUAUUUUUGUAGUUUGUAUAAAACAUAACUAAUAUGUGCUGUAUGGUGUAAUCUGUUAUUUCCCAUAUUAAAAAUGAGUUGUUACUA